GCCUCAUAUUCCUUCAUGGCCUGGUCUCCCGCAGCCUUUAGCUUUGCAGGGUCCAGUUUCUCACGACUUCUUGCCAUGGCCUGGUUGAUUCAAAGAGGAGAGGUCACAGUGCCCCAACUGGGCCCGGAAUCACCGGCCACAGAUGUUCAACAACUCAAGAAUGGCAUGAAUGUCAUCGCUGCGUUGCUUCGGAAGAGGAACCUCAAGGCUCGCGUGCCUCUCGUGGCCGAGACGAAAUCGAAGCCAGCGAAGCGCACAGCAGAGAAGGAGAAGAAGGGCACCAAGCCCCUGCCUAAGGCCAAGCCCAGCCCGAAGCCGAAGCCCAAAGCAAGCCCCAAGCCAAAGUCCAGAGCGAGCCCCAAGCCGAAACCCAAAGCGCAAAGCAAGCCUGCUACCCAGCCUCCCAAGCAGAAGGCUGAGAAGAAGCCACCUCCCAACACAAAGCAGGCCAAGGCACCACGCGUGAACCUCCCGCCGACGGUUGGCAAAGGAGGAACGAAGGGCCACGGACGGGUCUUUGCGCAGCUCCAGCAGAAUUUGAAGGGUAUCACCAAGCCAGAUUUGAGGCGUUUGGCACGGAAAGCAGGGGUGAAAAGGAUGUCUGCGAACAUUGUGGAGGAGAUGAGGGAGGUCCUGUCGGUGUUCCUCCAGAAACUCCUGAGCGACGUUGCUGUGUAUGCCGAGCACGCACGGCGGAAGACAGUGACACCUUUCGAUGUGGUCUUGAGCCUUCGCCGGCGAACAGGGGUCCGGCUAUGGGGGUUCUAAGUUGGAUUCCAUGGGGCAGGCGGCAUCGAACGAUGCCCAGAUCCUCGAAGCAUUCUGGCCUGAGAAUUCAGUGCAAUUUCUGAGCUCUUGGACAUUCAGUGAACAGAAGUGCUAGCUGCUACCUCUUG